GGGCCCAGCGCCACUGCCGCGCCAGCUCUCAGGGCCCGGCCCGCCCCGGUGCUCGAGCUCUCGGGGCGGAUUCCUGGCCCUCCGCGCUCUCCCGCCCGGCGAUGGCCCCGCUCGGAUACUUCUUAUUCCUCUGCAGCCUGAAGCAGGCGCUGGGCAGCUACCCGAUCUGGUGGUCCCUGGCUGUUGGGCCCCAGUACUCCUCCUUGGGCACACAGCCCAUCCUGUGUGCCAGCAUUCCAGGCCUGGUACCCAAGCAGCUGCGCUUCUGCCGGAACUAUGUGGAGAUCAUGCCCAGUGUGGCUGAGGGCAUCAAGAUGGGUAUCCAGGAGUGCCAGCACCAGUUCCGAGGACGUCGCUGGAAUUGCACCACUGUCAACAAUAGCCUGGCCAUCUUUGGGCCUGUGCUGGACAAAGCCACCCGAGAGUCAGCCUUUGUCCACGCCAUUGCCUCAGCUGGAGUGGCCUUUGCGGUGACACGUUCGUGCUCAGAGGGUGUGGCUGCCAUCUGUGGCUGUAGCAGCCGCCAUCAGGGCUCACCAGGCGAGGGCUGGAAGUGGGGCGGCUGCAGUGAGGACAUCGAGUUUGGCGGUAUGGUGUCUAGGGAGUUUGCAGACGCGAGGGAGAACCGGCCAGAUGCCCGCUCGGCCAUGAACCGUCACAACAACGAGGCUGGACGCCAGGCCAUCGCCAGCCACAUGCACCUCAAAUGCAAGUGCCAUGGGCUGUCAGGCAGCUGCGAGGUAAAGACCUGCUGGUGGUCGCAGCCCGACUUCCGAGCCAUUGGCGACUUUCUCAAGGACAAAUACGACAGCGCCUCAGAGAUGGUGGUGGAGAAGCACCGCGAGUCCCGCGGAUGGGUGGAGACGCUGCGACCGCGCUAUACCUACUUUAAGGUGCCCACGGAGCGCGACCUGGUCUACUACGAGGCCUCCCCCAACUUCUGCGAGCCCAACCCGGAGACAGGCUCCUUCGGCACACGCGACCGCACCUGCAAUGUGAGCUCGCAUGGCAUCGACGGCUGUGAUCUUCUGUGCUGCGGCCGAGGUCACAAUGCGCGCACAGAGCAGCGCCGGGAGAAAUGCCGCUGCGUGUUCCACUGGUGCUGCUACGUCAGCUGCCAGGAGUGCACGCGCGUCUACGACGUGCAUACCUGCAAGUAGUUGGAGGGGCGGAGUUCUGCCGGGUGGGGCAGGCCCCGCCUGGGUGGGCUCCUAGGCUGGGUUUCUCCCUAGGUAGAGCAUGUGUCCUUCCUGGAAGGAAUGAAACGGGGCUCCUCCCAGGGGCCAGGGCUCCUAC